UGUUUAUUUUUUAGUUGUUUUUUUUAAUCUGCAACACAACAGUGUGCAAGACAGUAAAUUUAGAGAGAGAGAGAGAAUCCGUGGGAGGAAAUGGGUCUCCCGCUAUGCGUGUCUGAUAUUUUCCAAACUACCAAAAACUCCUCCCCCGGUCCUAUUUUAAGGCCCUUACCACACGACAACAGCAAAAACCUCGCACACUAAGCACAUCACUUCACCAGGCACAAGUAGAAAUGCUUCUGAUGUAUUUGAUCUUGGCUCUGAUUCGGAUCCCCUUCUCUGAGGCUCGCCAUGAGCUACAAGAGAUGCUUGCUGAGUCCAACUCACAAGUUCUUCUCCCAUGUGACUGCAACAGCUCUUCGUCAAUCGCCAUCACCUGGACCAAGGAUCACCAAGGCACCGUAUGGCGACAGGAGAGGAGCGGCUUGCAGUUUUGGGGCUCGAGAUGGCUGCAGAAAGGUCAGCAGCGCGUGCGCUGCCCCCGCUGCCAGCUCCAGGCAGGCGACUGCGGCCUGCGAAUCAGCGACGUCCGGGAGAAGGACGGCGGCCGCUACGCUUGCAAGUUUCAGAGCGGCGGACAAAUCAUCACGCGCCGGCUCGUGCUGAGAGUCAUCAAAGUGUCUUUCUAUCCGGUGGCGCCGGUGGCGGGGGUCCACGUUUCAAUCAACUGCAGUGUGACCCCCAGGCCUCAAGGUGCCACAGUGCAGUGGCGAGUAAACAACGGCUCGUUUGCGCCUUCGAGCGGGGCGAGCCCGCCGACCCCUCGGUGGAGCUUGCAGGAGAAGGCGAGCGUGCGAUUGGCGGGAGAGUGGAUGUGCGUGGUGGCCAGCGGAGACGCGCAAGGCCGAGCCUCGGCUGCUUUAACUGUGAGAGGAAUCGUCCACCCGUCCCGAGACGCGACCAAGGUUUACGCCGCCGUGGGGUCCGGAGCCACCCUCCCCUGCGUCUUCUCCCCUGGCUCAAAUCCCUCGAAGCCCACCUGGCAGAAACUCCAAGCCGGUUCUCUCUGGAGGCCCGCUUCCUUCUCCUCUUCCCCGCCUGCUUCCCAGCCCGCUUGGGACCACUCGGCCCGUUUCAAAGAGACUGCCCUCGAGGACGAGGGAACGUACCGAUGCGGCGGGGUGGUGGAAGGACACAGCCUGUCUCGGAAAGUGCAGCUGGUUGUGGCCACAAUUGAGCGCAGCGUCACCUGGAAGAAAGCGCUCACGCUGACCUGUCAGCUGACGGACACCAGCGAGGUCACCCGCUACCAGUGGGUCCGCGUGACCCACGACGCCAGCGGCAAGCGCCGGGUGGAAACUGUCCAGGAGGGGAAGAAUCUUCGCGUGAGUGACGUGUCGCACGGGGACGCCGGCGAAUGGGCGUGUCGUUUUUUCGGAGAGCGGGGACUCCUGGGCAACGUAACGCAAGGCAUCGGGCCUCCAUUGGAUCACGCGAGUGGCUCGGCAGGAGUGUCGCCCAGCACCUCAGUCGCGCUCGGUGUCAGUGCUCUCCUGCUUCUUCUGCUCCUUCUUCUGGCUCGGAUGUACAAGAACCAUCAGAGGAGAAAAAGAAUUUUGCAGUACACCACGCUGGAGUCCAUUCUCCAUGCAAGGUCCAAGGAGCGCGAGGCAAAAGACCCAAGUCGAGUGAAAAAAUGGACGCCACUCCAGACCUAAGCCACAAAACUGGCAAACCGCCUGGGAGCACUGGAGCAGUUGUGUUUUUUAAGACUUUUGGGCAUUAUUAUUGCCCGCUCACUGUCCAUCAGCGUUUGCAAUUCAGGAGAAGGGUUAGGGUUAACUGUUGCUUUUCACCUUGACUGUGUGUGUGUCUUCUUUUAUUCCACAAUAAAAAAAA